CCCUCUCCCAAGGGGCCGGAGUGGCUGGUUUCUCCCUCUGGCCGUGGAUCCCCCUGGCCGAAGCACGUCCCCGGUGGGACCGGGUGCCCGCAUGCAGAAGAGGAUGGGUGAGGCGGUGGCCCGGGUGGCCAGGAAGGUGAACGACACGGUGGAGAACAAAACGGAUUCCCUUGAUCUGGCCAACUGCAAACUGAUGACCUUCCCCAUCGGCAUCUACAAAGCCAUGAGGAGUGUCACCGAGGGAAUCCACAACAUCUCCCUGGCAAACAAUGAGCUGAAGUCCCUCACCAGCCGAUUUGUCACCACCUUCAGCCAGCUGAGAGAGCUCAAUCUGGCAGGCAACUACCUGCACCGCCUGCCCGAGGAAGUCACCUCCCUGCUACACCUCCGGGCCAUCAACCUUUCCCGCAACAGGUUUCGGCGUUUCCCUGAGCCCCUGGCUGCCGUCGCCACCCUGGAGACCAUCGACCUGGAAGAGAACGAGAUCGCAGCUGCAAAGGAGCCAGUGAGUGGGUUUCCAUCAGCAAGUUUGGAGGAGACUGGCAGGAGCUGGUGCCCACCAAAGGAUGUGGAAGUGCCAGUGGAGAAGCUGGCCACCAUGGCAUCGCUGCGGAGCCUCAACCUGCGGGCGAACCCUGUCGGCCCCGAGGUGCGGCUGCUUGUCCGGCCCCUCAUCCCCUUCGACCUGCUGCUGUCACCAGAGGAGCCUGUCCCCAAAGCCUGAGAGGGUCUCGGGUGCCCGGGCGAGCUCUCCCGAAGGGCGACUGCCUGCAAGAGUGGUUUGGCUUAGGUCAGUCCCUGCUAUGCCGCUAUUUCUGUCCCAAACCCGCAGCGAGUCAGCCAGUCCCUCUUUUUUUUUUUUUUCUCCUUAAUAAAAAGCAAGCAGCGGGUCUCCUCUGCGAAGGGAUGGCUCUGCCAGCUCCCGAGCUGGGGAAUCUCCUGCUUUGUGUUUUGCCAGUGCUUGGGGAGGAAGCAGAGCUGGAUGCGUGCGGUGCGAGGUUUGGGUAAAAUUGGGGGAGUCGGAUGCUUGGCCGCAUCCCUCCCGCCUGGCUGAUGAUAGGUAGCAUCUGCUGCCCUGGUCCAGGGCCAGGAUGGUGGGGGGCAUCCCUGCGGCUGUAAGGGUUCCCCCUUGAAUCGCUGAUAUGGCAAUGUGCCAAAUGCCUGAUUAAAUGUUUUCCUGUUCA